AUGAACCAAUUAGAUCAAACAACCUACACCACACCACGUACCCGCACACACACACCUUCGCUGGGUGCCACAAUACAACAAUACAACAACGGAGCAGAGACUGCGAGAACAACAAAAAGAAUUCUUUACGAGCCUCGCUCCGGUGCACGGUCAUCAAGUCAGCUCGUUCAACAUUCAAGAGGCAUCGAUGAUAAUAUUCAUUCAUUUGAUCAAACCGCCGACGAUGUCGACGGCGGAGAUGCAGACGACGAUGGAGACGACUUUCAUUAUGGGCCUGGGUCUGCAAGCCCCAUCGCUGCCCUGCACUCGCACUGUUCCCCACCCGAGCUCCAUCACCGUCGGGCUCCUUCUACUGGGAGGCCGCCCAAAACCCAAGCCAGGCAGUCCGAAGCAGAGGAGAUCGGCGGGGGAAGCACAAAAACAUAUUGCCAAAGUAGCAGCAACAGCAAAGCACUACGGCAACAUCAGCAACACGAGGAAUCUCAACAGCAGCAUUAUGCAUCAUUACACCGGGCGAAAUAA